GCCCGGAAGCCGCCGCCUCUUCGCGCCCCGGCCGCGCGGCCGCCGCCAUGAAGUUCGCGUACCGGUUCUCCGGCCUCCUGGGCACCGUCUACCGGCGCGGGAACCUCAGCUUCACCCGCGACGGCAGCUCCCUCGUCAGCCCCGUCGGGAACAGGGUCUCCGUCUUCGACCUGAAGAAUAAUAAGUGUGAGACGUACCCACUGGCUACACGGCUUAAUAUUGUGUGCGUGGGGCUCUCUCCAGAUGGAAGUCUGGCCAUUCUAAUUGAUGAAGAUGGAGCUGCCCUGCUUGUCAGUUUGAUUGGGAAGUGUGUGAUCCAUAAGUUUUAUUUUCAUAAGCCAGUUCACAGUGUUAGCUUUUCCCCUGAUGGCAAGAAAUUCGUGAUUACAAAGGACAAUGUUGCUCAUAUGUACCAUGCUCCUGGGAAGAAACGAGAAUUUAAUGCCUUUGUUCUGGACAAAACCUAUUAUGGUCCAUGUGAUGAAACAACUUGUAUCGACUGGACUGAUGAUUCCAAGUGUUUUGCAGUGGGGAGCAAGGACAUGUCUACAUGGGUAUUUGGAGCAGAACGAUGGGCAAACUUGAUCUACUACUCACUUGGAGGGCAUAAGGAUAUAAUUGUAGCCUGCUUUUUUGAAGAGAACAGUCUAGAUCUGUACACAAUUAGCCAGGAUGCUGCUCUGUGUGUGUGGCAGUGUGAUACAGAGCUUGAUGGUUUGAAGCCCAUGCCCCCUAAAGAUGCAGCUGAGGAAAAUGAUGCAGAAAAAAAUGAUGAAGAGUUUGUUGAGGAGCCAAAGGGUGAAGAAAUACAUGGAAAAGCCAAUCCAAGUGAACAAGAGACUAGAGAGAAAGUUAAAUAUUCUCGUGUUGCAAAGUAUUUUUUCAAUAAAGGGGGAGAUUUUAAUAACCUGACAUCUGCAGCUUAUCACAAGAAAACUCAUCUUUUAGUCACUGGUUUUGCCUCUGGAAUCUUUCACCUUCAUGAGCUUCCAGAUUUCAAUCUGAUCCACUCCUUGAGUAUUUCAGACCAAAGGAUAGCUUCUAUUUCUAUAAACUGUACUGGUGACUGGAUUGCCUUUGGAUGUUCAGGUUUGGGUCAGCUCCUGGUGUGGGAAUGGCAGAGCGAGUCCUACGUGCUGAAGCAGCAGGGGCAUUUCAACAGCAUGGUUUCCUUAGCAUAUUCUCCAGAUGGACAAUACAUAGUAACUGGAGGGGAGGAUGGGAAAGUGAAAGUGUGGAACACAACAAGCAGCUUUUGUUUUGUCACUUUUACAGAACAUACCAGUGGUGUAACUGCUGUAACUUUUACUUCCAAUGGUUAUGUCAUUUUGAGUGCUUCCCUAGAUGGAACAGUGCGUGCCUUUGAUCUACACAGAUACCGCAAUUUCCGAACCUUUACUUCUCCGCGACCGACUCAGUUUUCUUGUUUAGCUGUGGACUCCAGUGGUGAGAUUGUUUCAGCUGGUUCCCAGGAUUCCUUUGAAAUAUUCAUCUGGUCAAUGCAGAGCGGGAGGCUGCUAGAUGUCUUAUCAGGUCAUGAGGGUCCCAUCAGCUGUUUGUCCUUUAACCCGAUGAAGUGUGUUCUAGCUAGUGCCUCUUGGGAUAAAACUGUCAAGUUAUGGGAUAUGGUAGACAGCUGGAGAACUAAGGAGACACUGAUAUUGAACUCAGAUGUUCUUGUUGUUGCUUUCCGUCCUGAUGGCAAGGAGCUUGCAGUUGCUGCUCUGAAUGGACAGAUAACGUUUUGGGAUCAUGAAAAUGCAGUGCAGACUGGCUCAAUUGAGGGAAGGCAUGAUCUUCAGAUGGGCAGGAAGGAGCUUGAUAAAAUAACUGCCAAACAAGCAGCCAAGGGAAAGUCUUUUACUACUCUGUGCUACUCGGCAGAUGGUCAGUCCAUUUUGGCUGGUGGAUUGUCAAAAUUUGUCUGUAUAUAUAAUAUCAAGGAACAGAUUCUUAUGAAAAAAUUUGAAAUUUCAUGCAACUAUUCUUUAGAUGCAAUGGAGGAGUACUUAGAUCGGAGAAAAAUGACAGAAUUUGGCAGCAUGGCUCUGAUUGAUGAAGGGGGUGGAGGUGAAGAUGGUGUUGCCAUUCCUCUUCCUGGAGUAAAAAGAGGUGACAUGAGUUAUCGACACUUUAAACCAGAAAUAAGAGUGACUUGCCUGCGAUUUUCUCCUACAGGACGAAGCUGGGCAGCCACCACCACAGAGGGUCUUCUUAUCUAUUCACUGGACUCUGGGCUAAUUUUUGAUCCUUUUGAGCUGGAUAUUGAUAUCACACCCAACAAUAUACAUAAAACACUGCAUCGGAAGGAAUACACUAUGGCCAUUGUCAUGGCCUUCAAGCUGAAUGAAAAGAAAUUAAUUCAAGAGGUCAUGGAGGCUGUACCUAGCAAUGAAGUUGAUGUUGUUUGCUCGUCACUCCCAGACCUGUACGUGGAGAAGGUACUGGAGUUUCUGGCCUCUGCAUUUGAGGUAUCUUCUCAUUUGGAGUUCUAUCUUAUUUGGACUCAUAAGUUGCUCAUGCUGCAUGGACAGAAACUGAAGACAAGGUCAGUGAAGCUGCUCCCUGUGAUUCAGUUCCUUCAGAGAAGCAUCCAACGUCAUUUUGAAGAUGUUUCCAAACUCUGUGAAUGGAAUAUCUACAAUAUUAAAUACGCUUUGGCCAUUUCACAACAGCGGGGUAUGAAACGUCUGGCAGAAGAUACAUCAGUAGAUGAAGAUGACUUGGAUUCUGACAGUGACUAUCUUAUGCAAGGAGGUCAUAAGGACAAUCUUAGCUCCUAGUUACUCUUCAUGGGAGGGAGAAAACCAAAGACAAAGUAAUUUUAUGCAGUGGUAUUCACUGAGAAUGAGUGGCCCUCAUAGUGGCAUAUUUUGGCUCUUUUUAACAGUGUUGAUGAAUUUACCUUUGAGUUACAGAAGUGGAGCUAGUGUAGGAUAGGCAAAGUGCCAUCUGUGGUGGAUUUGGUGUACCUUAACAGCUUGACAGCAUUGGAUGGAUGAUUGAUUGAUUAAUUAAUUUCUUUUUUUAUUAUUCCUGAUUUCAAGUAAGAGAAAAAUGUAUUUUUACAUCAAUGAAGUCAGAACUAUGACUGGAAAAAGUGGAUUCUUUAUUAAAAGUGUAUUGUACGUAGA